GUCGCCACUUGCCAAGAAAAAAAGACGGAGAAGAGGAAGUGCUUGUCGCUCAAUGUGCGGCGUCGCGUCCGGUCGUUCCUUCAAAAUGUGUUCGUGACGUUCAACGCGAAUUUGGCAGCGACGAACAAGGCAACGGGCGAUCGAGCAGCGACCACAGCGCGAUGGCGCAGCCGCCUCGGCAGCUGCCGUCGGAGGUGUGGAACCACGUGUUCGGGUACCUGUCAGCGGCGGACAAGUUCCGUGUCCGCGCGUGCUGCAAGUACUUCAGGAAGCUCGUCGACCACGGCUCCCUGUGGAGGCACUGGGCCGUGGUGCUGGCGUUCCACGGCGGCUCCUACAACGGUCCCUUCUGGACGAGCCUCCGCCGCCGCAGGGUCACCGGCGCCGUGGUGCGGAGCACCAGGGUGAAGGACUGGAGGCAGCUCGCCCAGUCGCUGCCGGCCCUCACCACGCUGGUGAUGGACCAGAGCUCCCAGAAGAGCCUCGCCUGCCUGAGGGACUUCCGUCACCUGACGCGUCUGGCGGUGAGGAGCAGCUGCAGCUCUCUGCUGCUCGACGCCUCCACCGUGUCCGAGCCCGGGCGGCUGACCCACCUGAGCAUGUGCGAUGUCACCUUCCCCACCGCGGCGCUGGGCAGCGUCGUCUCCGCGGUCUCCCGGUUCUCCAACCUCACGUCCCUGGUCUGUCACCACAUGGGAGUCUUUGAGGAGACCAUCCUCAUGGUUCACUCCAUCCUCGGCUGCCUGCCAAAGUUGAAGCACCUGUCCUUGUCUGUUGUGCACAAGCUGUGCACCUUCCACAACGUCCCCGGCCCCGACCCGGCAGGGGGGGCCCAGGGCCCAGUGGAGGCCCCGGCCUUGUCCAGUUUGGAACUCAUCGACUGCAUGGAUCACUCGCUGCCCGAGGAUGCCAUGAAGCUGAUGCCUGGCCUGAAGAGCCUUGCCGUCUUCUACAGGCACUCGCACCAGGAGCUGCCCGACCGGCGGCCAUCGCCCGUGUGUCACCUGAGGACGUGGCUCAGUGACCUCCCUCAGCUGUCCACCCUGGCCAUCGUCAAGGGCCCGCCAGUCAACAAGUACGUCGCCUCCAUCCCGCCCACGGUGACCAGCCUCACGCUCUGCGUCUCGGGGUUGUCCUCGAAGGACAUGACCGCCAUGGCGGCGCGGGUGCCGGACCUCCUCCACCUUCACGUUGACCCCUGGCCCUCGCGUUUGGGGGCUCACACGGCCCGGAUCCCACUGCUCUUCCCGAAGCUCAGGCGGCUCAAACUUCGCCACGAACGCGUACCAGAGAACAAGUUCUUGGCCCUGCACCUGCUGCGGGACCUGCGGUACUUGGAGAUUCUGGACAGCCGACCACAUCUCCCAGAGCUUGCUGGCAAGCUCCAAGCCCUCACGAACUACAGACUUGAGAGCAGUGACUGCGUUGGACACCAGCGGUGUCCUGCUGUACUCCUCAUUGUGUGGUUCCCAAUCUGGGGGUCAGCCUCUUAACAAGGGUCACAAAGUGAACAUAUGGGAUCACAAGAUGAUGGAGAUAUGAAAGCCGACGGAUGUUUCUGCUGUGUAACAUUUUGUUUAAUUGUUUUCAGACUUUAAUCUUAACAAAACCAUCAGUGUGGGUCUAGCAUUUAUUCUAUCAUGCAUCACACUCAGGUAACAUCUGUUUAUUUCCCGGACUCAUAGCUGACCUUAACCCUACAUUUGUAAUAUAUAUUUGUUAUGAAAAAGGUAAUAAAAAACUGAUUUCUUUCACUGUGUUCUAA